AAAAAAUAAGACGGUGAAGAAGAAGAACAGUGUUUGUUAAAGUAAAUUAAAAUGAUUGAAAUGGAAACAAAUAGGAUUUGAACUAGGCUUGUUGCUUGAAUUCGAGGCUUGAAAAGGGUGCUGCGUUUUUUCUAUUUACAGCUGAGGCUUUUUGCUAGCUGUGAACAUUUCAAGAGUCAAAUCCUUCUACAAAAAAGCUGCUGCCUUACAAAGCAUGCUUUUCUUCUGUCAUUCAUUGUGAUUUGAUCUUCUUUGUAUGGAAGCCUACACAGGAGAAUCAAUGUGCAGAAAAUUUUGUUCCGUUUCUAUGAAGAACUGAACAAGAAGAAAAGGAGGGAAACUGAUUCUCGGAUCCAGAAAUACUCGGCCUACCUUUUCUUGUUUUGUAGCUGUUACUUUCACUGUGUUGACAUCACGAUUUGAACCCCAUUCAGAAAAGAAAGGGGAAAGCAGGUUCAUUUGUAUUGAUUCACCUUUUGGGGGUAGCUGUCGUUUUGCAGUUUCAUGUCAAACAGUAGUUUGAUUCUCAAUUCGUGCCUCUAAUUUAAGCCAAAGGACUUAACUUUCGAGUUAUAGUGACGAAAAGGUAGCCCGAUCUUCAUCCAAUUUGCAAUCAUACUAUCAAUUAACAAGAAGAGUCUCUCUCUGUUUCUCAGCAGAUAAUCUGGAAUGGAAUAGUUAGCCAUUUUGGUGGCACAUGUACACUGAAUCCAAUAUGGUGGGGGCAGAUCAAUAAUGCAAUUCUUUUGUUUUGUUAGUUCCUUUUAAGACUGUUUUUUGGGGCAUCUACAAUGGUAGUUGUUAUUAAGAUAGUUUUUUAAGAGUUGAAUCCGUUGUGGAGUGAGGAAAUUCAAUCGGAAUUAUUUGUGGAAAAUGAGUCGAGAACAGAAGGGAAAGCAAGAGAGAACUGGGUUGGGCAUGGCCAAGAAAGUUGUGGUUGCUGUUAAGGCAUCGAAAGAAAUUCCCAAGACUGCUCUGGUGUGGGCAUUGUCUCAUGUUGUUCAACCUGGAGACUGCAUUACGCUGCUUGUUGUUCCUUCACAUUGUUCAGGUAGAAAAUGGGGUUUUCCAAGAUUUUCUGGUGACUGUGCCAGCAUUAGCCGCAAGUCCCAAACCGGAUCAAGUUCGGAGCAAAAUUCUGGUAUCAGUGAUUCCUUCUCCCAAAUGAUCCUCCAGCUCCACGAUGUUUAUGAUCCCAACAAGAUUAAUGUCAAGAUAAAAAUUGUAUCUGGAUCACCGUGUGGAGCUGUAGCUGCGGAAGCAAAACAAGCUAAAGCUAGUUGGGUUGUAUUGGACAAGCAGCUCAAACACGAGGAAAAGCGCUGUAUGGAGGAGUUGCAAUGCAACAUAGUGAUUAUGAAGCGUUCUCAGGCGAAAGUGCUCCGUUUAAAUUUGGUUGGGCCAUCUGAGAAGGAAGCUGAAGCUUGUCAAUUAAAUCCUGAGACAGAUGAAACAUCUGAAAAGCAUCCCGAAAACAAAAAUGGAUCAUCCGAUAUAGGGCCCGUUGUCACUCCAACUAGCAGUCCAGAGCUUGGGACGACAUUCACUGCUACUGAAGCAGGAACUUCUUCAGUUUCUAGCUCUGAUCCAGGCACUUCACCUUUUUGCUCCUCAGAAAGGAAUGCAGACUCGAAGAAAGAGCAAUCACUAGUCAUCAAGGAAAACCAGGAUCUUGAUGAAUCCAUUUCAGACACAGAGAGUGAAAAUUUAUCCUUAUCUUCAGCGAUUUUAAGGUAUCAACCAUGGAUAACAGAAUAUCUUGCUUCUCAUCAUCAGUCCUCACAAUACCUCGAAGAACCUUCUGAUCGAGCUAAUGUCAGGGCUCAAGCUUCAACAACAAAAGCCUUACUGGAGAAUUUUUCGAAACUUGAUAGAGAAGCUGGAAUUGGAGUAUCAAGCUUUAGGAGUGAUAUUGAAUUUAGUGGAAACGUGAGAGAAGCAGUUGCAUUGUCGAGAAACCCCCCUCCUGGCCCUCCUCCGUUGUGUUCAAUAUGUCAGCAUAAGGCACCUGUAUUUGGAAAACCGCCAAGGUGGUUUACCUAUGCUGAAUUGGAGCUUGCAACUGGUGGAUUUUCUCAAGCUAAUUUCUUGGCUGAGGGCGGGUUUGGAUCCGUUUAUAGAGGACUACUCUCAGAUGGACAAGCAAUUGCAGUCAAGCAACACAAAUUGGCUAGUUCUCAAGGAGAUCAUGAAUUUUGCUCGGAAGUGGAAGUCCUCAGCUGUGCUCAACACAGGAAUGUUGUUAUGCUGAUCGGAUUCUGCAUUGAGGAUAGAAGGCGUCUGUUGGUUUAUGAAUACAUAUGUAAUGGAUCUCUAGAUUCUCAUCUAUAUGGGUACCAUCGGGAACCAUUAGAAUGGUCUGCGCGGCAAAAGAUUGCUGUAGGUGCUGCUAGAGGUCUGAGAUACCUUCAUGAAGAAUGCAGAGUUGGCUGCAUUGUCCACCGUGAUAUGCGGCCGAACAACAUUCUCAUUACCCAUGAUUUUGAACCUUUGGUUGGUGAUUUUGGCCUUGCCAGAUGGCAGCCUGAUGGUGAUGCUGGAGUCGAAACAAGAGUGAUUGGAACAUUCGGGUAUCUGGCACCAGAGUAUGCUGAAACUGGCCAAAUAACCGAAAAAGCCGAUGUUUAUUCCUUUGGAGUGGUGUUAGUUGAACUCGUUACUGGACGGAAAGCUGUGGACCUUAAUAGGCCAAAAGGCCAGCAAUGUCUAACUGAAUGGGCCCGUCCACUUCUGGAAGAAUAUGCUAUAGAUGAACUGGUGGAUCCAGGAUUGGAGGAUCGCUACUCCGAGCAUGAGGUCUAUUGCAUGCUUCAUGCCGCAUCAUUAUGCAUAAGACGGGAUCCUCAUUCUAGGCCUCGCAUGUCACAGGUGCUCCGUAUAUUGGAAGGUGACGUGCUUAUCGACGCAAAUUAUUCAUCUCCAGGAUAUGACAUUGGCAACCAGAGUGGCCGGACAUGUGCAGACCAACAACAAUAUUACAGUGGAUCCCUGGUAAAUGAGGCAUUAGAAGAUUUCAGUGGGAAGCUCGCCCUUGACGGGCUAAGGUCUGGAACCAGGAGGACUUCAUCUGCAGAUCAUUUGUAAAAAGCUCACUCUCCUGUGUUCCUUGCACGCAUGGUGCGCUCAUCUAUCUAUCUAUAUAUAUAUGUAUGUAUCAUUUUGUAUAGUAGUAGUAGUAUUGGAAGCUAGGGGUAAUAGGGUUUCUGUAAUUCUUUUUGGAAAUGCUGAUUUUC